GACACAGAUACUCCCUGACCCAUGCCGCGAACGAGCCUGCCUGAAUAUUCGUGAGAAUUGGCGCGACAGGACAAGGUCGACCCAUGGCAGGAGAUCGCCGGGCUCUGUGUCUGGUCGCCGGCGCGAUCCUCCUCUGCUCGUGCUUUGCUCGGGUGCUGUGCGGCGACGAGCAGGAGCAGCAGCAGGAGAUUCAGAGGCUCAGGUCCAAGGUCGCGUCGCUAGAGGACGAGGUCGGCUGGAGGAAGGAGGAGACCUCGCAGCUGGAGAGCGUCGUCAGGGAGAGGACGGCGCAGAUCGCGGCGUUGGUCGGCGGGCUAGAAGCUAUGCAGGUGAGGAAUGUGGCAGAUGAUGAAUCCGUGGUGAAGGCGAGCACCAACAGUGCGAUGAUCGAGAAGCAGAUUGAGAGGCUGGGCAGUGAUUUGGAAGACCAGGUUAAGAAAGGGGAGUUGUUGGAAACCCGGGCUAGCGAAGCAGAGAAAAGCCUGCUUGAGCUUGGUCAGAAGUUGGAUCGUGUUGAGAAGAUAAACGCUGAGCAGAGGAAGAAAAUUGAGGAGCUGGAACAAGAUCUUCAGCAUUCAAAAGAUAAACUGUCUGGGGUGCAAAGACAAGCAAAAUUGAAGGCUCAGGAGUUGGCAAAUGUUCAUGGCAUGUGGCUUCCGUAUUGGUUCGCAUCGCGCUCUGUACAUUGUCAGGAACUAGCAUCUGCCAAAUGGCAUCUCCAUGGGAAGCCUGUGCUUGAUGCUCUGUUGGAGAAGGUUGCUAAGACGUUGGCACAUGCACAAAGACUGGUGGAACCACACUUGCAGGCAACAAAAAAUGUAGGCUAAUGUUCUGAACCAACACUCCCCCUCACCUCUUUGUGAAACACUCUGACACGCCAUCUCUUGCUUCAUGAAGAAACUGGUGCCUGUUGCCAAAUUUCAUUUCAACUCACUGAAGAACAGCACUAAGCCGGUAGCUGCCAGGAUGGCCACAGCCUACAGAGCAUGCAAGGAUGCCAUCCAGCCAUGUAUGGUGAAGUCUCAAGAGUUUGCAGAUCACUACUGGCAGGAAUGCAGGAAGUUCUCCGAGCCACACGUCGCACGGAUCGCGGCAGCGUCUGAACCUCACCUUUCGGCUGUUGAACCUUACACGAGGCCUGUCAAGUCUGUUUGGAGGCAGCUCGUUAUGGCGACGAGCUUCUACCAUAGUCAGGUUCAGAAAGGAAUCAGUGGCUUCCUGGAGGACAGUGAGCUGCUGGACCAACUUUCAGCUUAUAGACUUGCGUGGUGGAUGGCGUCCGCCAUGUUUGCGCUGCCGAUGUUGUACGCCUGCAAGAUCUUCUCGGCUACUGUCCG